UUACCGUGUUGAGAGGCUAUACACGAAGUUAACACUAGUGCUAAGUUACAUUGCCAUUCAAAAGGGAGACUAGGUCUAUUAGCAUGUAAGAAUGACUAGCAGUACAGAACUAGACCAUGAACUUCGGACCGCAGAUCUUCAUCCUAUGAUUAAGUUUAUCGAGUUGUACGAUAAAAAACAUAACGUGACCGAAGUGGAAAUACCGAUCCCCUACGGAAAGCUGGCCGGUAAAUGGUUCGGGCCAAAAAACAUCAAACCUAUAAUUUGCCUUCAUGGUUAUUUGGACAACUGUGGUACAUUCGAUCGGUUAAUUCCGCUGCUGCCAGAGGAUGUGAGCUUUCUUGCCGUUGACUUUCCUGGUCAUGGUUAUUCUUCACGAGUCCCAGAUGGGAUGGGCUAUCAUCAGUUGGAUUUUGUAGCUCUCCUAUUGUACGUUAUGAAGGAAUACGGCUGGGAUAAAAUAGCUCUAAUUGGACAUUCAAUGGGAGCACAGAUUGGCUUCGUUUUUACGGCACUCUUCCCGGAUAAAGUUGAAUUUCUUAUUCACAUCGAUGCCUUGAAACCUUUGGGCUAUUAUGGAAAUAGGUUCAUCCACUACGCUGCACCAAUGGUGACCAAAUUUAUUGAGGCAGACACCAGAAACAGGGAAAAAUCCGAACCUCCGGCAUACACGUAUGAAGAAAUGGUCGACAAGAUGCACGAAGCGACUUUUCAAUCUUUGACCAAAGAUACAUGUCCAUACAUUCUCCAACGUAACAUAAAACCAUCGAAGAAAUUUCCUGGAAAGUAUUAUUUUGAUCGAGACAACAAACUCAAGUACAUGAACAUCAUGGGCUGGUCCGAUGACGUUAACCAUACGCUGGCCGCGCAAAUUAAGGUGCCCGAGCUUGUAAUCAAAGCGACGGAAUCGCCCUAUCCGGGUUCGCGGCAGGGUUUCGACGGAAUGGUUGCGGUGAUGAAGAAAACCAACCCGUUGUUCGAGGUACAGUAUCUCAAGGCAUCGCACCAUCUGCAUCUAACCGAUCCGGAACUGGUAGCUCCAGUGGUUACCGACUUUCUUAAACGAUACUGGAUUCGGAAUCCGGAUAAGAUAGUUAGCAAGCUGUGAUUUGAAAGCGUAAACCAUACAAUUAUUUGGGGGAAUGUCUAAAAUAAACCUUUUCCGAUGACUAUCGG